UCAUAUGGCCUUUGCUAACUCAACAUCAAACUCUUCCAUUCACUCAUAUCAAAAACAACACUCUAAUUGAAUCAAACCCAACUCCAAAAAACCCAUCUCUGCAAUUUUCAUCUUCUUUUUCAUCAUCCUGCACUUCACCAACAAUGGUGGUUUUAUCUAAACCAGCAAUUGAACAGUACUCUGUCAUCAAAACCUCCAAACCCACCACAUUCUCCUCUAGCAUUCCCUUAAUAGACCUAUCAAAACCCGACACGAAGACCCUCCUCGUCAAGGCCUGCGAAGAGUUCGGAUUCUUCAAGGUGAUCAAUCAUGGCGUCCCAACAGAACUCAUCAACAAAUUGGAAUCAGAAGCUUUAAAAUUCUUCUCCUCACCCCUGUUUGAAAAAGAAAAAACAGGGCCUCCUAACCCAUUUGGCUAUGGAAACAAGAAUAUUGGAACCAACGGCGAUGCCGGUUGGGUCGAAUAUCUCCUCCUAACAACAAACCCAGAAUUCAAUUAUCAGAGAUUUGUAUCAAUUUUCGGCAAAAACCCAGAAAUGUUUCGUUGUGUUGUUAACGAUUAUGUGUCAGCUGUGAAGAAGAUGGCUUGUGAGGUUCUAGAGUUAUUGGCUGAUGGGUUGAAGAUUCAGCAAAGGAAUGUGUUGAGUAAGCUUUUGAUGGAUGAACAGAGUGACUCUGUUUUCAGGCUUAAUCACUACCCUCCAUGCCGUGAAAUCCAAGAUGUGAAUGGUAAGCAUUUGAUUGGAUUUGGAGAGCACACUGACCCACAAAUCAUUUCUGUUCUAAGAUCCAACAACACUUGCGGACUUCAAAUCUCUUUGAGAGAUGGGAAUUGGAUUUCUGUCCCUCCUGACCAGAAUUCAUUCUUCAUCAAUGUUGGUGAUUCUUUGCAGGUGAUGACUAAUGGAAGGUUCAAAAGUGUGAGGCAUAGGGUUGUUGCAAACAGUUUGAAAGCAAGGAUUUCAAUGAUCUAUUUUGGAGGACCCCCAUUGAGUGAAAAGAUAGCUCCAUUGCCUUCACUUAUGGAAGGAGAAGACAGCUUGUACAAAGAGUUUACAUGGUUUGAGUACAAGACAUCUGCAUACAACUCAAGACUUGCAGAUAAUAGGCUUGGCCUCUUUGAGAAAAUAGCAGCCUCAUAAAAAUAAAAAAAUAUGGUUAAUCAAGUACACCAAAAUCGAGCCUCUCAAGUUGAACAAAUGGUUACUUUUACUAUCAACAUCGACGCAUGUUAGGAUAUAUACUCAUCUGUAUUUUGAAUCAAUUUUUUUAAUUAUUUUAUUUUAAAA